CCCAUUUAGGGUUUUGGACAUUGAAUAAAAAAACUUAUAAUGGCACAUGAGAUAUGAUUUUAUAACACUUUCCAGAGAGCCCUUAUUCACAGACAGUCACAUUGAAAGUAUGAUCUCAAACAUGAUCAUAUUUACAAUGACUGCCAUGUUCAUGGCCUAUACCAUGACUUGUGAACUUGAGCUUUUUUGUGUUACAGGCUUUCCGUGGGGGCGAAUUUUAUUGUAUUGUAAGUUAACAUGUGUUCUAAUGAUAUAUGUAGGUUACAAUCCUGCUAGGGUUGGAAUUGGCUAAUGCCAAUUUGUAUUGAAAUAUGGAGAAUAGCAGUAGGGUUGUUUAAUUACCAUAAACUGAAAAUGAUCAAUGCACCAGACUCUUCCAGUGAUAUACCAGGCUUAUAUUUCAGAAUUUGUACUCUCUUAACCCUCUUACUAAUUGGUGGAGGGUUAUUGUUUAACAUUGCCAAACAUGGAACACUGGUUUUUACAUUCUUGUCUUUUAUUAUAAUAUUUGCCCAACAAGUAUUUUAUUUUUGUCUGGUAUCAAUGACAUGUUUUUAUGUACUAUCAUAUGUCAUGCAUCAGCAUUCUAAUUUUUCACUAGUCGUUAUUAAAUUGUUUCUACUGGUACUGUCAAUAGGUUGCCUCCCAGGUUCGGUACUGCUCAUACAUAACCCAAGUCACAUAAGUAGAAUUCUGUUAAUGUUAUGUGGAGAUGUGGAAAUCAAUCCUGGACCGGUUGAUGAUCUAAAAAUACUUUUUUGUAACAUAAAUAGUAUCAAAGCUGAUUCAAUGGGUAGAUUAGAAUUCCUUAAACAGUAUGCUAAAAAUGAACAGUUUCAUAUUAUUAUAGCAUUUUUCAUGUUGAUUCACCGUAUUGUGCUGCCAUCUUUCAAUGGGUUUCUUAUAGGUUUUGUAGGGUAAGGGAUUGCCUUUCAUUUCCUAUAACUUGGGGGUAUUUAAGAGAAAUUUUGGGCUUCAUUCAGUAGAGAGUUAGAUCGGGGGGAACAUCAAACAUCAUUUCUUUUCAUCUUAUUAAUCUCAUUUUCAUUCUUUCUUUAUCUUUGAACAGUUUUAUUUUAUACUGAAGAGUGUAAUUGUACAUGUUUAGUCUUUUACUUGGAAUAAAGUAUAGUUUUAUGAGUAUAUUAAUUCUGUGUUAAUCUUGUCUUUUUUACAUUACAAGACCAAUCCAUAUUAUUUUAUGAAGAACCCACAGAGCUAUUUAAACAACAAAGCUCGAAGCUUCAUUGGUGGCAGCGGUGGGAUUGGUCUUUGUCUUGUAAAGAGAUUCUUUUCGCAGUUUUAGUGUCUUUAUUUUCAUUAAAGAGUGGAGAUUAGUUCUC